GGGUCACAUUACGUCACCUGGUUACAGUGUUUAUAGCAACCACACGGAUAAUGCCUCAACACAAACAUGAGCACAAACGAAAUAAAGAACGAUUAUUCAGCGAAAGAAGAGACCGCAGGGCCUGGAGAUUCUAAUACAUCUGAAAUAAAGACAAGCGAUGUGUACAAAGUUGACAAAAACUUACCGUCUCGCUUUAAUAACCCGGAUUGUUUCAGAUACAGUCACAAAACAACCAAUCCACUGUACCGAACAACAAACCAAGCAUAUGGAAGCAAAAAACCAACAGUUCACGAAAUGCCUACAUCCUUUAACGGAAGUCGACACAGGUUUUCGGAGCAUCUACUAAAAAGUGGCAUGUACAGAGACAACGGCUUCAACACCAUGCUGGACAAGAGUCGACUCUCCAGACCCAACGAAACGUCUGUGUUUUAUGAUAGAAUCAAUUUCCAUUCCUUAUAUCACACGGCUGGAAAAUCGUAGUAAAACAAGCUAUGCUAUUUCAAAGCUUGCAUGGUUUGGAUGGACAUACUUGAUUUUGAACAGCCCUCAAAGUGUUUUUUUAUUCUUAAAAAAAAAUAAAGGGAUAGUUCACCCAAAUUUUUUUAAAAUUCUGUCAUAAUUUACUCUGUUUGUCUUCCUUUUAUUCUGUUGAACACAAAAGAUUUUUUGAAAAACGCUGAAAACUAUUGACCUCCAUACUAUUUAUUUCCCACUAUAGGUGUCAAUAGGUAAUGUUUUUAGAAUUUUUCAAAAUAUCUUCUUUUGCGAUCGACAGAAGAACAAAACUCUCUCCACUUGAGGGUGAGUAAAUAUUAUUUUUUUUAAUGUACUAUCCCUUUAGGUCAAUGAACUGAGAUGUUUAGUCCCGGUGAUUUGGCAUGUCAUGAAAAUGAGGGAACGCUAUUAGUCAAUUUAGAAAAAUGACAGAUUUCUCGUUGGAUGAAUAAAAACACAACUACGUCAA